UAAAGGCGGAAGCAGCCUUAGAUUUCUGUGUUUGUGGACUGAGCGUGUUUUGGCGUGUCUGAGCUGUUGGAGUAACAAUGUCUACAAUUCAGCAUUUGAGAGAGUUUAUCAACGAGCGGCUAACUGCUGCUGCUGAAGAAAUAUUCAAAGAGUUUGAAAAAACGAUCGUCCAGUACGAGGAAGUCAUCGACCGUCAGCGCAGCCUGCUGGAUAUCGCCUGGAAACCCGGAAUAAAGCUGCACAGGACAGACCUCCCACAGCAUCAUGUCAGUAUGGAGAACGUUCUCAUUGAGCAGCAGCUCUAUAACCAGGAGAGGAGCUCCAGUGGGGAACAGGCAGAAUCUCGCAGCAGUCGGGAGGGAGAGCAGCUGGUACUGAGGGACAAGACCGAUACUUUUAUGGUGACUGCUGGUGAGGAAAGUGACCACAGUGAACCAGAACCAGACACGGAACAGCUCCCCUCUCAGGGUCCUGAUACCUUUAUGUUUAUUCAGUCCAAAUCCUUAGAAAUAAGAGAAAUUAUGAAUAAUUCUGUCCAGUAUGAGGAAGACAUCGACUGUCAGCGCGAACUGCUGGAUGUCACCUGGAAACCCGGAAUAAAGCUGCACACAGACCUCCCACAUCAUGUUCAUAAGGAGGAGGAGGAGGAGGUUCUCAUUGAGCAACAGCUCUGGAACCAGGAGAGGAGCUUCAGUCUGGACCAAGAGGACCCAGAACAUCUACAGAUUAAGGAGGAACUUUUCAGCGUUCUGGAGGGAGAGCAGCUUAGCUUGAAGGAGACUGAUACCUUUAUGAUUGAUUCUUUUGAGGAAAGAGACCACAGUGAACCAGAAUCAGACAUGGAGCCACUCCUCUCUGACAGCUCUAUUGUAGCUGAGAGCCCAAAUCAAGUUACCAAAAAAGUAGAUUCCAACUCAAAUAGAAACAAAAAUCACAACAAUGCUGGAGACACUCCUACGUCAGUGAGACAGAGUAAAAGCAAUGAGCCUGUAACCUGUGAUGUUUGUGGAAAAGCCUUUCCGUGUGAGUCUCGAAUGAAGGUGCAUUAUAGGACCCACACAAGUGGGAAGUCGUUUUCUUGUAAAAUGUGCGGGGAAAUCUUCUUAUCUCAUAGAUCUUUAACAAUACAUGUAAGAAAUCACACGGGCAAGGAGCCGCAUUUAUGCACAACAUGUGGGAAAACGUUUCCAUAUAAACAUGAAUUACUGAAACACAAGACUAUUCACACAGGUGAGAAGCCAUAUAUGUGUACUAAAUGUAGGAAAAUGUUUAGUUAUCGUGCUGCAUUAAUGAAGCACUUGAAAAUUCACAAAAGCGUGAAACCAUAUCAUUGUAAAACAUGUGGGAAAACAUUCAGACUUCGUAAUCUUUUAUCAAAGCACAUGUUAAGUCACACAAUGAAGAAGCCAUAUCGUUGUAAAACAUGUGGAAAAGUAUUCAAGUCUGGUUACAAUUUGUUGCACCACAUGGAAGGUCACACAAAGUAAUGUUUUCAGGCAUGAUAUUAAUGGUUUUGUGAGUUAUGUCUAACUAAAAGUCAGUUUAUGUCACAAAAGUUUCUCUUUCUACCUGCCUGAGUCACCAUAGUAACUUGCAUAAAUGAAUAACCUUGUCAGCAGAAGUUUAACUUACAAGCUUCAGGUUGAAAGCAGCUGGCAUGUCCAUGCGUUAAUUUAGUAAUACAGAAAAUGUACAAAUGUUUAAUACUUUCUGCUGGAAUUGUAGCUAUUUGAACACAAACCAACAAAAUUGAGAUAAAAUGAAUAAAAUUCGAGAACUGAAGAUGCCUUUUGGAUGAGAGGUGAAAUGUCUUCAAGAAACAAAAAGUCCAGUCGCCCCUUUUUUUUUUUUCUUUUCAAACUUCAGAUACAAUGAAAUUGAUUUCACUUAACCUUGUAGCCUAUUAACUGGCCACGGGACAUAUGAAGUGCAUUUUAUAUGGCAGGCCAGACCCUCCCAUUUUGAUUGACACCUGAUUUGGCCAAUCAUAUUAAAAAAUGAGUUUCACAGAACCAAUAAUAUCCAGAGGGCGUCAUGUAGCUUCGGCAGGUGAUUUGAUGUGGCCAGUUACAUGAUUGGCCAAAUGACGUGUAAAAGAAUGCAGCCACAUUAAAGGUUUAACAUGUUUUAUUUGUUUUACUGUGGCAGGUUUGGUAAAUCAAGAGGAACUGAAUCUUAGCCUUUAUAGAAUACAUAUUUUAAUGGUUAGCAUUUAUUGAUAUUUUUAAAAGGUAAAUAUUUAGAUUGUGAGAAACGCUUACCUGUGCUUUCUCCAAAAAGGUGCUCCAGCCAAAAGAGUCCCUGGGUUUCCCGAGGGCCUUUUAAAGGUUCCAGGUCAUACCAAGGAAUUAAGAGUGGAAUGAACAGGCAAUUACCAGUUAAGUUGUAUAUUUUGCAGGGUAGGUCUAGUGAGGAAGUAUUUUAUUUAAUAAAUUUGGUGUUUUGUAGUAUGGUAUUGAUGUUAAUAAAGUUGAUUAGUUAAGUUGUGUGUUUAGUUUUGCUAGUGUAGUUUUUUUUUGUACGCCAGAGAAUAGUUAGGCUUAAGUAGUAUAUUAUCAGCACCAUUCUGCUGUACUGUUUUUAUUUUUUAUGUUUUUAUGUUUUGUGUAAAUGUUGGUGAAUAAAACACCUGUUGGGUCAGUACUUCA